AUGCAUACAAUCUCAUAUCAUUUUUACGUAGCAUUAGUCAGUAGUUACAAUUGUAGUGUAGUCUUUCUCAUCACAAUCCUGCAAGUAGAUACAAUUCACUCUCUCUUUCUCCUCGAUCGCUCUACUUCUUGUACAGAACAGUCACUUUUGGGCAUUUGA